UUUUUGUUAAUAUCUAAAACAAUCAUUGCAUUGACAAACGUAACCAAUUUUGAGAUAUGCUCUCAUAAUCACUCGGCCAUGAAUUCCCCUACAAUGUAAUGAGCCUCGAAGCGUUACUGUUAAAAAACCUGGAUUGUUGUAAAUAGUGAGGAAAGAAUCUGCGGCCAUAAAAUUUAAACACAAUCAGAUUAAUAAUAACGGAUAAUAACUACUUUUGAAGACGCAAAAAUGCAAACUAUAAAGUGCGUGGUGGUAGGUGAUGGUGCUGUGGGUAAAACAUGUCUACUGAUCUCCUACACAACCAACAAAUUUCCAUCGGAGUAUGUACCAACGGUAUUUGAUAAUUACGCAGUCACGGUUAUGAUCGGUGGUGAACCGUAUACACUAGGACUAUUUGACACAGCUGGACAAGAAGAUUAUGACAGACUUAGACCCCUGAGCUAUCCACAAACAGACGUAUUUCUCGUCUGUUUCUCCGUUGUGUCACCCUCGUCGUUUGAAAAUGUAAAAGAAAAGUGGGUACCAGAGAUAACUCAUCACUGUCAAAAAACACCGUUUUUACUGGUUGGUACGCAAAUUGAUUUGCGGGAUGAUGCUGCCACGAUUGAAAAAUUAGCGAAAAAUAAACAGAAGCCAAUAACUGGUGAACAAGGAGAAAAACUUGCUAGAGAACUCAAAGCAGUAAAAUAUGUAGAAUGCAGUGCUUUAACACAGAAAGGGUUAAAGAAUGUAUUUGAUGAAGCAAUACUGGCAGCACUAGAGCCACCAGAAGUUGUCAGAAGAAGGAAGUGUGUCGUUUUGUAGGGUGUAUGCUCAGACAGCUGUUCAACUCCCAUAAACAUACAAACAAGGAAAUGCAUUAAACCACAUAAUUGGCUCGUACAUUACCUGCCAAACAAACACUGUAAGUCUCAAUAAUGCAUUGCACAUUAUGAAUUGAUUAAGCAGUCGAAGAAAACAAACAUUGAUGUGUAUGAUGUAUGCGAUGCCUAUAUCAUCAUAAUUAUGAGGCGAAAAUUGGAGUUUUCGAUUUUGUGCAAUUAAAUACAAUUUUUCGAAAUUUCCUUGAAUAAUUCAAAUUUAUUUUGUUUGUCAUUAUCAUGAGAAGAUUAUUUUCGUCCUUCCUAGCCUCCGUAAAUCUUUACAAAGUCACGUGGAUUUAAGAGAUUGUGCCAUAUCUACCUCAACGUGCACGUAUGGGCUGGGAAAAAAUUCUGAAUUAUCAUUUCAUUUCAAUGUUUGAUUUUUAUUAUCAUAAAAAGCUAAAUCCAUGAAAUCCUGGCAUUUGUUUAGGAGGCAUCAACGAUUUUGAUAACUUUUUGAUCCCAUUUCUCCUACUCCUCUCCGCCUUCUGUAUCAUUCAAUCCAGACAAUAAUGUUAGUUCCAAAUUGAAUUGUACCGUUUUGUGGCUAACGGUUGGUAAUUUUUUUCAAAAUUAAGCAAUUCAUUUGCACAAUCAAUUUUUUUUAUCUGACACAUCAAACAAGAAAAGUUUUCUUUAGAAAGCAAUACCGCAAUUUGGCUCACAUACAUUAUCGUUUAUAAUUCAAACAUUUUAUAUGGAUUGCAUAGAACGAAGAAAUGUAUAAAAAACAUUCAGUAAAAAAAAAUUAGAUUAGGGACAAGGAACAAGUGGAUUAAUAAACAAAGACAUAUGAUUUUUGGGAGUAAUUUUUCAAUCACUUCAAUAUAUUUAAUAAAUGAAUAAGGCAUUUUUAAUCAUAAGUUGCUAAUGUGAAUUUUUUAAUAAAUUGGUCUUUGAAAAAUUGGAAA